CUUAGCGAUCCGGUUUCACCAGAGGGAAGAUGGCGGCGCUAAGUGGAACAAGGCUGCCGCUGCGUUUCUAAAAAACGACUAAAGCGGACCGCGCGGGGCUUGGAGAAGCGAGUCGGUGUCUUAGACGGCUUGUCGGUGAUCCCGGGGCGGAUGCUGCGGCCUCGGAGGGGAAACGGGAGCGCGGACGAUUCGCUCCUGCUUGUCCUUGUGUGACCGCCGCCCCCCCAGCCCCACAGGGAGAUCUCUGUGCCCCCCCUCAUGGACUUGACUCCAACUCUUGGUUUGAAGAGGAGGCUCGCCUCCCCCUCGUCCCCCGCUGGAGUUGGGGAGCCCGCCAGGACUCUUCGUCGCUCUCCCUCCUCGUCCCUUUCACCUUCAUCUUACCCGUCCUCCCCCCUGUCUUCAUCUUCGUCGGUGGGGGCUUAUCAAAACCAUGUGAAAAAUCAGAGGGCGGGGUUCUCCACAUCUGCCACGCUCACCACUCCUCCCACCUCCCUGGACUUCCCUCGCGCAUCCAUGCAGUCCGGUGGAGACCGUGCCGAAGAUGGUCGGAGGAAGAUGUACGAUCCCUUCAGUCCCACUGAUGGAGACAAGGAGAGGAGGGGGGAGGUGGAGGGGGGAGAAGGAGAGAAGUACGACCCCUUUGACCCCACCGGCUCCCCGGCAUCAGAUGAGGACAACAGGAGCGACAAAGAAUGGAUUUCAAAGGGGGAUGACGAUGAAGAGGAGGAGAAAGAUGAAGAACCUCCAGAUUCUACAGACACACUGACGGACCUGCCGAGCCCCCAGCUGACCACCAAGCUCCCUCUGAGGAGGAGGGUGGAGCGUGGCCCCCUCAGAGCCGGGCGGCCGGCGGGCGCCGUUGACUCUGAUAAUUCUGAGAUCGAGGAAGGAGAAAUAGUUGGAGUCGUUGACAGAGACGGGCUCAAAAAAAGACUGAACGAAGAAGCCCCGCCUCCUGGCUCCCCCAAGAUCUCCUUCUUUGCUUCAAAGCCAGAGAGGAUCCUCCGGGUUCUGGACGGAGACGGGUUUGUGUCGGUCUGCGCCGAAGGAAACUGGGAGGAAGAGCGGGAGGACGAGCCUGUGGUCGGGGUGGAAGAUCUGAGGAGGAAGCUGGUGAGCAGGAGGAAGGAGCGGUAUCUCUCCUUUCCCGCCUCAUCGCCCCCUUCGCCUCAGCAGCCGAGACCUCCCCCUUCUCCUGCCACUCCCCCCGCUGAGCAGCCCAGCAAGAGCCACAAGGCCUCCAAGAGCGCCAAGGAGCCCGACCGGCAGAAAAGCAAAGAACGCAAAACCGGAGAUAAGGAGACGAAGAGGAAGAAGAGAAGGAAAGGCAAAGAGGGAGAUCGGAACAGGAGCAAAGACAAAGAGCAAGGAGGCAAGGCUGGAAAGGAGGUCAAAGCAAGGAGGAGCAGCAGGAGCAGCAGCCGUAAGAGAAAGAGAAGACGGCAGAGCACCCCGGAGGCCUCCCACUCCUGCAACUCCUCACGAAAGGGAGGUCACUCCAGGCGAUCCUUCUCCAGCCUGUCAGAGGACAGACACCGAGAGAGGGAAAGAGACAAGGACAAAGCCCGAGACAAAGGCAGAGACCGAUCCAGAGACAGAUCCAGAGACAAGGACAGGUCUAGAGACCGAGAUAAAGGGCGGGAAAGAGGAGAGCGAGAGCACCGGAGCAGCAGCAGCCGCAGACGAAACGACGGAACGCGUGACAGUCGUCCCAGAAAGAGAGACAAGAAGGAGAAACCACAUUCAAGCAGCAGAGAGCGGCCCGCAGCGCAGAGCGCCAAAAGGAGCAGGGAGAGGAGGGACGGCAACCGAGACCGCCACCACGACCGGGAGCGUCGCUGCGAUGGCCGCCCUGUGGUUCCGCCCUCCAUCCAGGACCUCAACGGGGCCGACCUCUUUGCCAUCAAACGAACCAUCACGGUCACCACCACCACCACCACGGUGCCCGGCUCCCCCAGACACGCCCCCCCAUCCCCCUGCCGCAUCGCAGAGGUUGCCGAUCCCCACAAGAGGAAGAAGAGAAAGUGGCGCUCGUCUGUGGAUGUGGAGGAUCACCGAAGGAGUCGCAGCUGCUCGCCGCCACUCUCGCCGCCAAGAUACCAUGGCUACGGCUCAGACCGCUACUCCGACAAACUAGAGAUCGACGUUUUGUCUUUGGACGGGGAAGCUCUAGACUCGGACUACCCGUCUUUAGAGGACACGCCUCCUGCUGCUCUGCCUCCAGAACCUCAUAUUCCCAGCCCCAAACCCAAGUCGGCCCCCAAGACUGGACAGAACCGCUCCAAAAAGAAGUCCCGCAUCCUGAAGAAGUCUGAAUCCUCCUCCAGUAGAACCACCGGCAAAUGUCUGUCCUCGCUGACGGUCACUUCGGGCUCCGCCUCCGCCUCGCCAGCCCUCCCCUCAGUGAAGCGACCCAGAAAACUCGGGAAGGAAAAGGGGCGGGACAACAGCAGGAAGGACCCGAGUCGGCCGGGGAAAUCCAAGAAGGAGACAGGCGGCAGUCGGAAGGGCAAGCUUCAGUCCAAGGUGUCCGUGCUGGUCCGGGAGGGGGUGAGCAGCACCACGGGGGCCGGAGUUGGCUCCGGGAAGCUGAGCAUGGACCUUCUUGGUCCUGGAGGGGCAGGAGGCGGAGCUGGAGGCUCAGUGGUGGGAGGAUCCAUUGCUGUGGUCUUCUGCAGGGACAAUGAAAGCAGAUCGCCCUUCCUCAAGCCCUGCUCCGAGCCGCUGUCGCUGGGGGGCCGCAGUAAGGACCUGACCGGCUUGGCCAAGCGAAGCGGUUUGGCUGGACCACCAUCGUCCUUAACCGGCCCCGCGGGGCUUAAACCCAAAAAGACCAAACCCAGCUCCAUUACAUCCACCUCCUCCUCAGCGUCCUCCCCCUCAUCCUCUCUGGCAACCAAGCGCCGCCGCCGCCUCGCCAAAAAGGUAAAAGAGAAAAGCGGAGCCAUUGGCUCGACUGCAGAGGACGGUAGCCAAUCAAAACCUCCGCCUGAAGGCUGGGGCGGAGCCUCCUUUGAUGGUCAGUCUGUCGCUAAAGAGAGCGGGAGUAAGACGGUCAGCCCUCACACUGGCCAUACCGGGCCGGCGCCCUCCUCCUCCUCCUCCACGUCCUCAUCCACCAGCGUGCUCCCGCCCUCCUCCUCCCCCCCACACAGUCCUCCUUCAUCUGCCGCUCCUCUGAGGGACACCCGGGAGUCGUCGCCCGACUCUCAGACCGUGGACAGUAGCUGCAAGACCCCAGAACCGUCCUUCUUGGGGGAGGACGGUCCAGCCCGGAGCAGCCCCACACCGGCCCCUGCCAGUCCCUCCAGCCUGUCCACGCCGCAGGGCGCCGGCAUCACCAAUGUCUUGACCACACCCACCGCAAAGCACCAACCUCCAGAUGACACCCCGAAGUCUGUGGCGUCUCCUCCUUCCUCGUCUUCGUCAGCAGGCGGGGGCCUCAACUCUCUCUCUCUGCCCCUGUCUUCGUCUGAUCCCUCCUCCUCGUCUUCGGUGUCGUCCUCCUCUGCCAGCAAACCUCCUCCUCCUCCACCCCCGCCUCCCCUGACGGCAUCCAGCCUCCCCUGGAGCCUGCAGACCGGGGUGGACUGCACGACGGGGGGGGUCCUGGCAUUGACCGCCCUCCUCUUCAAAAUGGAAGAAGCCAACCUGGCCAGCAGAGCAAAGGCUCAGGAGUUCAUCCAGGCCACCAGCCAGAUCCUCUCACAGGCCAAUCAGAGCCAGGCACAGCAGCUUGCUCCUCCCCCCUCUGCACAAAUCCCUCCCCCUCCUGGUCUAAGCCCCACCCAGUUCAUUCUCCACAGCUCUCGUCCUUUGGCUGGAUGCACCAAGACGCCACCCCCUCAUCUCCACGCCUCCAUAACAGCCGGGUGUGCGCAGACCCCCCCCUCUAUCAUGCCUGGAGGGCUGUUGGGGGUGACGGGGGGCUCCAGUGAUGCAGCAUGGGAAAAUGAGUCCAAAGACCCUGACAAGUAUCUGAAGAAGCUGCACACGCAGGAGCGCGCGGUCGAGGAGGUCAAGCUGGCCAUCAAACCUUACUAUCAGCGCAAGGACAUCAACAAGGACGAGUACAAGGACAUCCUCCGUAAAGCCGUGCAUAAGAUCUGUCACAGCCGCACCGGAGAAAUCAAUCCGGUCAAAGUCAGCAACCUGGUCAAGCUUUACGUCCAACGCUACAAGUACUUCCGGAAACACGGACGCAGGAUGGAUGACGAAGAAAGAGAGGAACGGGAAUCGGGGGGGUUGCAUCCGUCUACCUGAGACAAACGGCGUGUCGUGGUUCAGACCUCCACUCACAGCUCUCCUUCUCUGUCCUUAAAGUUUACUCUGUCCAUAGUCUGAUCUCCUCUGUCUGCUGUAAAUAUGUCUGAUGUAGAAACCACAACAUGAAUGCAGCCUUCGGGAAGGGAGGCGCAGGUGAGCUGCAUGCCCACAGCCCCCCAGCGAAGAUCCACAUGUGCUUAAGGUCAUACGGUGCCGACACACGUCAGGCACACGCGGGCCGUGGGUGUUCAAACCCACCGCCGCCAGCGCAGAAAUGAAGCCGAACACUAACCUGUCAGUCUGUGAGGAGGCAGGGGCCGACCCCCCCUGCUGUCCGGGAGCCGCAGAGACGCUCAAACCAGUUAACCCUCUGAGUUUCUUAUUCUGUCUGUGUACGGUGUGCAUGUGUUACCGCGGCUGAGGAAGGUGGCAGAUGUCUUUAUUAAAUAACGACCUACAAAUAUAAAUGUGUCUGGAAAGUC